AUGGAUGGAGGAAUGCAGCUCCAGACGUAUGAGGGCUUUGGGGAUCCCGACGCGCCUCUCCUGCCCUGGGAUGAGAUUUACCAGAAGGUUUUGUUAUCUCCACGCUUUCGACCGUCGCUGCUAGAGAGCUCUCUCGCAACCUCACAGCUCACCUCCCUCCUCUCCGCCUCGUCAUAUCCCAUCCCCGAACCGUUCUAUCAGCACGGACAGUUUCCAUCGGAGGGCUACGGCGCUUCGUUAUCUGUACCCAAUGGCUUUCUACUCCCAGGGUCCGACGCCGGAGAGCGCAUGUUGAGCUUGGAUCGACGAACGCCACCGACUGACACGCAACGACCGACUCAGAACGCCCAGAAGACAACGAAACGUGAACUGAAUGAGUCAUCUGGUGGACCGACUGCUAAGAAGCGUGGUCGCCCACGUAAAACGAUGGAUACUCGAAUGGGCGAAGACCCAGAAGAACGACGUCGAAUGCAGAUCCGCCUGGCACAACGGGCCUACCGCUCUCGCAAGGAAGCCAACAUCACAUCGCUUAAGGGUCGGAUCUCUCAACUGGAAGCGACACUAGAGAAAAUGAGCUCGGCAGUCGUCUCCUUCAGCGAUAAUCUGGUGCAGUCGGGGGCUCUCUCCUCGCACCCCGACAUCGCGAGCCACUUACGUGAUACAGUACAAACAUGUUUGGCAUUGGCAAAGGAGGCCAGUAAGGAUGCCGAACCCGAGAGUCCGGACACAUCGCACGGUGAGGAAAGCACGUCGUCAACUUCGGCGGGGCCAGACGGCACGGCAACAGAUCACAAUACGAGCCCGCGUUCUCACGCCGAACAGACCACUCCUCCGGAGAGUAGUCCGUCAAAGCCGAUUUCCCCUCCCUUGUCUGAGCCCAUAGAGCCUUCUGCUAUGGAGAUUCCUCUCUUCAUCGAACAAUUACACCUGGCAUGUGUAUAUCAAGGGUACUUGGUGCUCUCGAAUCCAUCCGUUCCUAUGUCUCGCAUCGAACGUCCAUUUCGGUUCCUGUUUACCCUUAUGGAUAGACCUCACCUGACUGCAGCCUUCGAAGCAUUGUUGCACGCUAAAUUGAGUCAGAAAAGAUUGGAGGAGUGCUAUGCAGGGGUCCCGUUCUUCAAGCUUGGGGGUGCUGGCACCCACUAUGCACGAUCCACCGGUCAAGCUCAAGAAGGUGAAAAACCUUUAUGUCGCUACCAGCAAUGGGCUACGAUCCACGAUCCUCUCGCACGAUUCUCGCCUGACAUCCGAAAGGAAAUGGAGGGAGAUUGGUUUGAUAUGCAAGACCUGGCUGGUUAUCUCCGCGAGAAAGGUGUGCGUCUGUUCUCCUCUGCCCCCUCAGAAACCGACCGAAAGCUGUCACGGACACCCAUUAACGUUACCCGCUUCACACAAACUUUGAUUAGUAGAGGCAUAUGUUUGGGGCGCACACCGGGAUUCCGACGCUCCGAUGUGGACAGUGCUCUGCACGCCUCGGUAUGGACAUGA